AGGGGGAGGUAUUCUGAGCUGGGCACUCCCUCAGACUUUCCUGUUGAAGCUGGUCCACCUUCAUUAAAUGAUAAUUGGGGCAGUCCCAGUCGCCCAGGGGUUUGGAUACCUCCCCCGAGAUCAGAGAGCUGCUGGUUGAGAUGGGAUUUGACCAUUGCUCUCUAACCUCGCAAGUGAAGGGCCUAAGUGCUGGACUGGGACAUAUUCUGAUGUGGGGCUCCCUCAGUCUUUUCUGUGGAUGCUGGUCCCCUCUAACUACGUAAUAACUGGGCUAAAACUUGCCUCUCGGGUUUGGGGAUUAGAGCACUUCUCUGGGAUGUGAGUGACUCUGGUUCAAAUCCCGCCUCUGCCUCAGUAAAGGGGAUUUGGUGCCUGCGGUGCAGGCCCUUAUAAAUCAGCUGUGGACUGUACAGAGGAGCUCUUGCUGGUUUAAUUAAUGAGUAAUUGGGGGCCACACAAAAGACCCAAAUCACUCUUUUGUCCCCAGUGGCUAGGAUACACACCCAGGCUGUGGCAGACCCCAGGUCACUCCCCUUCUCUGCUGAGGGGUGUGAACUGGGGACUCCCACCUCCCAGGGAGAGUCAGAGGUGGGCAAGCCCUGUCCAAAUCCCCUCCCUGCCCCCAGGGGACAAUGGCCUCCUGAGAAAGGAGGGGGAAAGGAUGUCACACCCCAAAGGGCAAUCAGUAGGAAGGCAGAAAAUCCCUGUAGAAACCCCUGCUGACCAGGCAGCAGGAAGUUGAGCCAGCCUCUCCUACAGCCCAGGCAAGCACCCUAACCACCAGACUAUAGAGCAACUCUGGCUUUUGGUGUGGCCUGAAGGACACUUAAAUCAAGUGAAACUUCAGAAGGCGAGAGUGAGGGAACCCCUCACUCAGCACUAUCCCUCAAAGUGCACACCCAGGCUGCAGGAGAGCCCUCUUCAAACUGCUUCUCAGCAGGCCCAGCAGGGGAUUUGAACCUGCCAUAGCCUAACUCUGGGUCUGUAGAGGGAGUCCUGGCGCUGGCCCAGCCCAAAGAAUAGUUAAUUCAAUUGGAACAGCUUCAAGAGGCAGGGAGCCCCUGAGCACAACACCCAGGAGCUCUCACAUCAAACUCCUUUACAGCAGCCCAAGGGGGAGAUCUGAACUAUCAUCUCCCAUGCUCCAGGCCCGCAGCCUAACCACCAGCCUGCUGCCAGAGGCUUGUUUUGCCAUUGGCUCAAAGAAUAGUUAAGCCAAGUAGAACAGCUUCACCAGGCAAGCGUGAGGGAGCCCCUUGCCCCCAAUUUCUGUGGCCCAUCACCCGGGCAGUAGGAGAUUCCUCCUCACAUCCCUUCUCGUCAUCAGGCAGAGAGGGAUAUUCAGGGCUGGCCUAAAGGAUAAUCGUGCCCCUGGCCCCCGCUGCCUCCCCAUCCAUCACCCCGGCCCCCACGUCCCUGCCCCUGUCUGCUGCUGCCUCCCAGGUCUCCCCACACAUCUCCACCAUUGCCCCUGGACCCUGCUGCCUCCCUGGGCUCCCCACCCCCAGGCCUGCUACCUCCCCUGCCCCAUUGCACCAAGCUGCCUUCUGUGACCUUGCACCCCUCUCCCACCCCUCUCCUUGCCUCUUGCCUCUGCCAGCUGGAGAGCAGCGGCUGCUGGCCGGGAGCCCACAGGUGCCAGGGCUAUGAACUGCCGAGCUGAGAGGUGUCACGCCUCGGCCCCAGCAAUCCCCGGCACAAAUUAAGUACUGAUGUUUCCACCUGGGGUGGUCACCCACCCAUAUGCUUGUCCUGUCUAUUUUUAUUUCUGCGGGGGAAUCACAGGCUUCUUAGAGGGAAUGAAUGGUGCCCCUGUCCUGUGCAUAAACACACCCUGGAUUUUUGCAUCCACCCCCCCUUUUGAAGCCAACUGACCUGCCCUUCUGAUGCAGAUGGGAAAUGUCCCAUUUUUAAGAAAGGGGUGAAUAAUCUAAAACCCCAUGUUGGUCCCUCUCUGGGCUCCCCUGACUCUCACACUGCUGGUACAUUCUCUGCUGCGCCCUUCUGCCCUCACCAUUCUGGCGCGGUGUCUUUGAACACAAUGCCUCCGCUUGGUCAUGGGGAGGGAAACCAGACCAGGCAAAGACAGGGUCUGCACAGCUAGGUUCAGGGCAGCAAAUCAAGCGGCCUCCAGAAGCCAGGCAGGAGUGGGGAGGGAUGCCUGCCCUGGCCCCUGUAGCAAAGAGGCAUGGCUGCCCGUGGAGAUUGACAGCGAGGGACCGCCAGACGCCCCCUGGUGGGUGGAACCAGGAAGGCCACACCCAUGGUGCCAGAAGCAGAGGGGCGGGGCAGGGACGGGAAGUAUAAAAGGCGGGCCCUGCGCCCCAGUUGGGCUGGAGCUGUCAAGGGAGAUGGAUGUGUUUUCCCUGCUGCUGGUGUAGGUGCCUGCAGAGGACUUCUACUGCCCUGAGGAUUCUCCAGAGCUGCUAGACCUGGCUGAUGCUGAGCUGGGAUUGCCCCGUCUGUGUAUCCUGGGGAGGUGGAGGAUGACCCUGGGACUCAGCACGUAGGAGCCCGAGCCAAAGCUAUGUACACACACAGAACAGAAGGACAGUCCCUGCCCUAAGGAGCUUACAAUCUGAGUAGAAGACGAGACAAUGGAUGGAUACAGGCAGACCAAUGGAUGAAUACGAGGAAACAAUGAGACAAUAUUACCAGCACGCACACACUGACGAUGUUGGAACCAGUCUCUACUUUGUGAACGACUCUAUCCAGCAGGUGACCUUCUCCAGCACAGUCGGGGUGGUGAUCUCCUGCCCCGCAGCAGGGUCACCCAGCGCCGCCCUUCGCUGGUACCUCGCCACAGGGGACGACAUCUAUGAUGUACCGCACAUCCGGCAUGUCCAUGCCAAUGGGACUUUGCAGCUCUACCCCUUCUCGCCAUCAGCCUUCAAUAGCUUUAUCCACGACAAUGACUACUUCUGUACCGCGGAGAACUCGGCGGGCAAAAUCAGGAGUCCCAAUAUCCGUGUUAAAGCAGUUUUCAGGGAACCUUACACCGUCCGGGUGGAGGAUCAAAGGUCAAUGCGUGGAAACGUGGCUGUCUUCAAGUGCCUCAUCCCUUCUUCAGUGCAGGAAUACGUUAGUGUUGUGUCCUGGGAGAAAGAUACUGUUUCUAUCAUCCCAGAAAAUAGGUUUUUUAUUACUUUUUAUGGAGGUUUGUACAUAUCGGACGUGCAGAAGGAAGAUGCCUUGUCCACCUACAGGUGUAUCACCAAGCACAAGUACAGUGGAGAGACACGCCAGAGCAAUGGGGCUAGGCUCUCCGUGUCAGACCCAGCAGAAUCCAUCCCUACCAUCCUAGAUGGCUUUCAGUCCAGGGAGGUAAAGGCAGGCCAGCUGGUGGAGCUUCCGUGCAUCGCCUCCGGGUACCCGAACCCAGCCAUCCGGUGGAUCAAGGACGGGCGGCCACUCCCUGCAGACAGCAGGUGGACCAAGCGCAUCACAGGACUGACAAUCAGUGACCUGCGUGUGGAGGACAGUGGGACGUACAUCUGUGAGGUCACAAACACCUUCGGGUCGGCCGAAGUCACCGGGACCCUCACAGUCAUAGACCCUCUGCACGUGAGCCUCACGCCAAAGAAGCUGAAGACGGGCAUUGGCAGCACAGUCAUCCUCUCCUGCGCCCUCAGCGGCUCGCCGGAGUAUGCCCUCCGUUGGUACCGCAACACAGACCUGGUGGUGCUGGACGACUACAUCUCCAUCCGGGGGAUUAGCAACGAGACCCUCCUCAUCACUGCCGCGCAGAAGAGCCACUCUGGGGCCUACCAGUGUUUCGCCACCCGGAAAGCCCAAACGGCGCAGGACUUCUCCAUCAUUGCGCUGGAGGAUGGGACCCCCCGGAUCGUCUCCUCCUUCAGCGAGAAAGUGGUCAACCCGGGCGAGCAGUUCUCCCUGAUGUGUGCCGCCAAAGGCGCUCCCCCACCCACCAUCACCUGGGCCCUGGACGAUGAGCCCAUCCAGAGGGACAACGAGCACCGCACCAAUCAGUACACCAUGUCAGACGGCACCACCGUGAGCCACAUGAACGUCACCAGCCCGCAGAUCAAGGACGGAGGGGUGUACCGGUGCGCCGCGCGGAACUCGGUGGGCAGCGCCGAAUACCAAGCGCGAAUAAACGUAAGAGGUCCCCCGAGUAUCCGAGCCAUGAAGAAUAUAACGGCAGUGGCGGGUAGGGAUACCUUCAUCAACUGCAGGGUGAUCGGGUAUCCAUACUAUUCCAUCAAGUGGUACAAGGAUGCCUUGCUGCUGCCAGAUAACCACCGCCAGGUGGUCUUUGAGAACGGGACCCUUAAGCUGAUGGAUGUGCAGAAGGGCAUGGAUGAAGGGGAGUAUCUCUGCAGCGUCCUGAUCCAGCCGCAGCUCUCUAUCAGCCAGAGCGUCCACGUUACCGUGAAAGUCCCUCCCCUGAUCCAGCCCUUUGAGUUCCCACCGGCCUCGAUUGGCCAGCUCCUCUACAUCCCCUGCGUGGUCUCCUCGGGGGACAUGCCCAUCCGCAUCACCUGGCGGAAGGAUGGGCAGGUGAUCAUCUCUGGCUCGGGGGUCACUAUCGAGAGCAAAGAGUUCAUGAGCUCCCUGCAGAUCUCCAGCGUCUCCCUCAAGCACAACGGCAACUACACGUGCAUCGCCAGCAACGCCGCCGCCACCGUGAGCCGCGAGCGGCAGCUGGUCGUGCGAGUGCCGCCUCGUUUCGUGGUCCAGCCCAACAACCAGGAUGGCAUCUAUGGCAAAGCGGGGGUGCUGAACUGCUCUGUGGAUGGGUAUCCCCCUCCCAAGGUCAUGUGGAAGCAUGCAAAAGGAAGCGGGAACCCCCAGCAGUACCAUCCUGUGCCCCUCACGGGCCGCAUUCAAAUCCUUCCCAACAGCUCGCUGCUUAUUCGUCAUGUGCUGGAGGAGGACAUUGGCUAUUACCUUUGCCAGGCCAGCAACGGUGUGGGGACGGAUAUCAGCAAGUCCAUGUUCCUCACUGUCAAGAUCCCAGCCAUGAUCACUUCCCACCCCAAUACCACCAUUGCGAUCAAGGGCCAGAUGAAGGAGCUGAAUUGCACAGCCCGAGGGGAGCGGCCAAUCAUCAUUCGCUGGGAGAAAGGCGACACCGUCAUCGACCCCGACCGCAACAUGAGAUAUGCCAUUACCACCAAGGAUAAUGGUGACGAGGUCAUUUCAACGCUCAAGCUUAAACCAGCCGACCGGGGGGACUCCGUCUUCUUCUCCUGCCACGCGAUCAAUUCUUAUGGUGAAGAUAGAGGAUUGAUCCAGCUCACUGUCCAAGAGCCUCCUGACCCGCCAGAGCUGGAAAUUCGCGAGGUGAAAGCCCGAAGCAUGAACUUGCGUUGGACUCAGAGAUUUGAUGGAAACAGCAUCAUCACUGGGUUUGAUAUUGAAUACAAGAAUAAAUCUGAUUCCUGGGAUUUUAAGCAAUCUACCCGCAACAUCUCUCCCACCAUUAACCAGGCUAAUAUAGUGGACCUGCAUCCAGCCUCCGUGUACAGCAUCCGCAUGUACUCCUUCAACAAGAUUGGGCGCAGCGAGCCGAGCAAGGAGCUCACCAUCAGCACCGAGGAAGCAGCUCCGGAUGGGCCCCCAAUGGAUGUCACCUUGCAGCCAAUGACAUCGCAGAGCAUCCAGGUCACCUGGAAGGCCCCAAAGAAGGAACUCCAGAAUGGGGUGAUCCGUGGCUACCAGAUUGGCUACCGGGAAAACAGCCCCGGCAGCAAUGGGCAAUACAGCAUUGUGGAGAUGAAGGCCACGGGGGACAGUGAGGUCUACACCUUGGACAACCUGAAGAAGUUUGCACAGUAUGGGGUCGUGGUGCAGGCGUUCAACCGCGCGGGGACGGGGCCCUCCUCCAGCGAGAUCAAUGCCACCACGCUCGAGGAUGUUCCCAGCCAGCCCCCGGAGAACGUGAGGGCAUUAUCCAUCACAUCAGAUGUGGCUGUGAUCUCCUGGUCAGAGCCCCCGCGCAGUACCCUGAAUGGUGUGCUCAAGGGGUACAGGGUGAUCUUCUGGUCUCUCUAUAUGGAUGGAGAAUGGGGGGAGAUGCAGAAUAUCACCACCACGCGGGAGCGAGUGGAGUUGCGCGGAAUGGAGAAGUUCACCAACUACAGUGUCCAGGUUCUGGCGUACACACAGGCCGGCGAUGGUGUCCGCAGCAGCGUGCUCUACAUCCAGACCAAGGAGGACAUUCCAGGCCCCCCCGCUGGGAUAAAAGCUGUCCCGUCUUCUGCCAGCAGCGUGGUCGUGUCCUGGCUUCCCCCAGCUAAGCCGAAUGGGAUCAUCCGGAAGUAUACUAUCUUCUGUUCCAGCCCCGGGUCCGGACAGCCGGCCCCCAGCGAGUACGAGACCAGCCCCGAGCAACUCUUCUACCGCAUCGCCCACCUCAACCGCGGGCAGCAGUACAUGUUGUGGGUGGCGGCUGUGACCUCGGCGGGACGUGGCAACAUCAGUGAAAAGGUCACCAUUGAGCCUGCUGGGAAAGCCCCAGCCAAGAUCAUCUCCUUUGGCGGCACUGUCACCACUCCGUGGAUGAAGGAUGUCAGGCUGCCAUGCAAUUCAGUUGGGGAGCCGGCCCCUGCCAUUAAAUGGACAAAGGACAGCGAGGAUUCUGCCAUUCCGGUGGCAGUGGACGGACACCGGCUGAUCCAGGCCAACGGCACGCUGGUCCUGCGCUCGGUGAAAGCUGAGGAUUCUGGGUAUUACACCUGCACUGCCACCAACACAUGGGGCUUUGAUACCAUCAUCAUUAACCUGCUGGUGCAAGUUCCCCCAGACCAGCCACGCUUGACUGUAUCUAAAACCUCAGCUUCAUCCAUCACGUUGGCCUGGAUUCCUGGGGACAAUGGCGGCAGCUCCAUCAGAGGCUUUGUGCUGCAGUACUCGGUGGACAACAGCGAGGAGUGGAAGGACGUGUUCAUCAGCUCCACCGAACGCUCGUUCAAGCUGGACGGCCUCAAGUGCGGCACGUGGUACAAGGUGAAGCUGGCAGCUAAGAACAGCGUGGGGGCCGGCCGGAUCAGUGAGAUCAUCGAGGCCAAGACGCACGGCAGAGAGCCCUCCUUCAGCAAGGACCAGCACCUCUUCACCCACCUUAAUUCUACGCACGCCAGGCUGAACCUGCAGGGCUGGAGCAGCGGGGGCUGCCCCAUCGUGGCCAUUGUCCUGGAGUACCGGCCCAAGGGCAACUGGGUCUGGCAGAGCCUCAAGACCAACAACUCCAACGAGGUCUUCCUGACGGAGCUGCGCGAGGCCACCUGGUACGAGCUCCGGAUGAAGGCCUGCAACAGCGCCGGCUGCGGUAACGAGACCACCCAGUUCGCCACGCUGGACUACGACGGCAGUACCAUACCCCCAAUCAAAUCUGCUCAGGGGGAGGGGGAUGACGUGAAGAAGCUUUUCACCAUUGCCUGCCCUGUGAUCCUGGCUACGCUCGGGGUGGCCCUGCUCUUCAUCAUCCGCAAGAAGAGGAAGGAGAAGCGUCUGAAGAGAUUGAGAGAUGCAAAGAGCUUGGCAGAAAUGCUAAUAAGCAAGAAUAACCGGAGCUUUGACACACCAGUGAAAGGGCCCCCCCAGGGUCCCCGGCUGCAUAUCGAUAUUCCUCGUGUCCAGCUGCUCAUUGAGGAUAAGGAGGGCAUCAAGCAGCUGGGGGAUGAUAAAGCUACAAUACCAGUGACAGACACAGAGUUCAGCCAAGCUGUGAAUCCCCAGAGCUUCUGCACUGGGGUAUCCUUGCAUCAUCCAGCUCUGAUACAGAACACCGGACCCUUGAUUGACAUGUCUGACAUUCGACCCGGUACCAACCCAGUUUCCCGGAAGAGCGUGAAAUCUGCACACAGCACCCGGAACAGGUACUCCAGCCAAUGGACUCUCACCAAAUGCCAGGCAUCUACUCCUGCACGUACUCUUACAUCUGACUGGAGGACUGUGGGAUCCCAGCAUGGAAUUACGGUCACAGAGAGUGACAGCUACAGUGCCAGUUUAUCUCAGGACACGGACAAAGGGCGGAACAGCAUGGUGUCUACGGAGAGCGCCUCAUCCACCUACGAGGAGCUGGCACGGGCCUAUGAGCACGCCAAGCUCGAGGAGCAAUUGCAGCAUGCCAAGUUCGAGAUCACAGAGUGCUUCAUCUCAGAUAGCUCUUCCGACCAAAUGACCACAGGGACCAAUGAGAACGCAGACAGCAUGACCUCCAUGAGCACCCCGUCCGAGCCAGGCAUCUGCAGGUUCACCGCCUCCCCGCCCAAGCCGCAGGACAGCGACAGAGGCAAGAACGUGGCAGUGCCCAUCCCACACAGAGCUAACAAGAGCGAUUACUGCAACCUUCCCUUGUACGUGAAAUCAGAAGCAUUCUUCCGCAAGCCUGACAUCCACGAUCCUUGUCCAGUGGUCCCGCCCAGGGAAGCCUCCAUCCGAAACCUAGCCAGGGCUUAUCACACGCAAGCGAGGCAUAUGACGCUAGACCCAGGCAGCAAGCCUUUGGGCCUGCCACACCCGGGCUCCUCCACAACUACUUUACCUCAAAGAACACUCACCAUGCCUGUCUCGGCAAACUCCGCUUCUGCUCCUGCCGCUUCUGCUCCUGCCGCCGAUCCCGCUCCUGCCGCCAGCGCUGAGCCACGCAUGCCCACACACACCAAGAUGGGAGGCUCUAGAGACUCUUUACUAGAAAUGAGCACAUCCGGUAUAGGGAGAUCUCAAAAACAAGGGGCUGGAGCGUACUCCAAAUCCUACACUCUUGUGUAGGAAACUAGAAAACCAAUUUAAAAGAAACUGCUGGUUUCCUGCAUUAUUUAUAUUGAAAUAAAAUAAACUCUUGUACAUAAUGAACUCUUUUGUAUAAAUGAAACUAUUUUCUUCUUCUCCAGAACUGAAAAAGAAGCCAGGGCACAAAGAAUUUGAUGUUACAGAUUUAAAAUAUAUAUAUAUAUGUGAUCUUAUAUUUCACAUCAUUUUGAAAGGAGCACAAAGAGACUCAGCGAUUUUUUCCCCUGAUAUUAUUGGUGGUUUUGAAAAGCAAAUUCUCAAAGACAUUGCAUGCUGUUUACUGUUCUGAAAACAACAGGAGUUGCUUUGAUUUGCAAAUGCUUAUGUGUUAAUACCUUUUUCUAUGAAAAAACCCAGCGCCGUGUGCAAUAAAAGUUAUGUUUAUA